CCCCGGACCGUGAGGAGCGGAACCUUCAGACCCGGUCUGUGCGCCUCGGGGGCGUCUGAGCGCGCUGCUUCGGCUCAAUUGAUAGAUAAAAUACAAGAAUCGGAGGACUACAUUAAUUAAUAUUAAUAAUUUAACGAGUCACAGCGCAGCCGAGGGAUCCGGACCAGGGUGUAAAAAGGGGGUUUGAAUGAAGAUGUGUAAGUAAUGCUCUUGGAGACCCAGGCGACGUCAUGUCAGAAGAGGCGAUCUCAGGGAGCGACCUGGAGCCCAGCCUUAACAGCGAGGAGGAAGAGGACAUGGAGGAGGAAGAGGAUGUAGAGAACGAUGGCGAUGAUGAGGAAGAUGAUGAUCAGCCUGAGAGUCCGGAGGCCGAGGAUCAGAGAGAUGCGACCAGCCCGGCACCUACCUCACCGAUGUCCCGAGACUCCAGCCCUGCGUCCACCUCACGGACGUCAUCCCGGCACGGCUCUCCACCCCCAUCCAGCCCGGACAGCCACAGCAACACAUCAGCCAACAGCAACACCAAGAAGAAGUCCAAAACCUCUAAACCCGCUCACCUGAGGAGGAACAUCCGGAAGGUCCUCAAGGAGCACCAGCUGGAAGCGGGAACCAAAGCCGCCCAGCAGGAGGAGCUCGAGCGACGGCGGCGUCUCGAACAGCAGCGCAAAGACUUCCCCCUCCACGCAGAUCUAUCCACUGCAGUGCCAGGUCUCAAACAAGAAGUGAUCUGUCUGGACAGCAGCGGAGACGAGGGCGAGGCUAAAGAAGCUCCGCCCCCUCAGCUGCCUGCCCUCAGAGAUGAUGUGAUUGAGUUGAGUUCAGGUGAUGAAGACACCCUGCCGAUAAGCAGCGAGGAAGACAACAACGAGGAUCGCUCUGUCACUCCCGGGACAGAGGAGAGCAGCGGGUCACACGUGAACGACAGCCUCAAUCAGCCAGACGCCCAGGGAAGAGUGCUGGUCAAUAUCAACCACCCAGGAGACGAGGAGGACCUGUUCCUCGCCCCGCAGCUCGCCCGUGCCGUCAAACCACACCAGAUCGGUGGUAUUCGUUUCCUGUAUGAUAACCUGGUGGAGUCUCUAGAGCGCUAUAAGAGCAGCAGUGGCUUCGGCUGUAUUCUGGCUCACAGCAUGGGUCUGGGAAAAACCCUACAGGUCAUCUCCUUUAUCGACGUCCUGCUGCGGCACACUGGGGCCAAAACUGUCCUCGCCAUUGUACCUGUGAAUACACUACAGAACUGGCUGGCUGAGUUUAAUCUCUGGCUGCCUGCUGCUGAGUCCCUUCCCCCCGACACGGAUCCAGCCCAGGCUUUACCUCGAACCUUUAAGGUUCACAUCCUCAACGAUGAGCACAAAACCACAGUGGCCCGGGCCAAAGUCGUGGAGGACUGGACUCGUGACGGCGGGGUGCUGCUAAUGGGGUACGAGAUGUACCGCCUGCUGUCUCUCAAAAAGAGCUUUGUGACCGGCCGCAAGAGGAAGUCCAAGAAACCCACAGGACCUGUAAUUAUUGACCUGGACGAGGAGGACCGUCAGCAGGAGCUCAUGAAAGGGAUUGAAAGAGCACUGUCACGCCCCGGGCCGGACGUCGUCAUAUGUGACGAGGGCCACCGUAUCAAAAACUGCCACGCCAGCACCUCGCAGACACUGAAGAACAUCCGCUCCCGGCGGAGGGUGGUUCUGACCGGAUACCCGCUGCAAAACAACCUGAUCGAGUACUGGUGCAUGGUGGAUUUCGUCCGGCCCGAUUUCCUCGGUACGCGGCAGGAGUUUAGUAACAUGUUCGAGCGGCCCAUUCUGAACGGCCAGUGUAUAGACAGCACACCGCAGGACGUCCAGCUCAUGAGGUACAGGAGUCACGUCCUGCACAGUCUGCUGGAGGGCUUCGUGCAGAGGCGAGGUCAUGAUGUUCUCCGUAAUCAGCUUCCGGCGAAAGAGGAGCACGUGAUCCUGGUACGACUGUCCCGCCUGCAGAGGGCGCUCUAUACGGAGUUCAUGAACCGCUUCAGGGAGGCGGGAAACACCGGGUGGCUCGGACUCAACCCACUUAAAGCUUUCUGUGUUUGCUGCAAGAUCUGGAAUCAUCCGGACGUUUUGUACGAAGCUCUGCAGAAGGAAAAUCUGGCCAAUGAGCAAGAUCUCGACCUGGAUGACCUCAACUCCACCGGCGCGACCCGCUGCUCCGCUCCGGGAAUAAAGGGCAAGUCGUCCGACCCGGCCAACAGCAAGAUGGCUGCUAUGGGACCCCUGAACCCCUUACAGGAGAAGGCCAACCAAGUCAUCACAUAUGAAUGGGCAAAAGACAUCAUGAGCAACUACCAGACUGGUGUUCUGGAGAACUCGGCCAAAAUGGUUCUGCUGUUCCACCUGAUUGACGAAAGUGUCAAACGAGGAGAUAAAAUGCUUGUUUUCAGUCAGAGUUUAUCAACGCUUACGGUUAUGGAAGAUUUCCUGAGUCGGAGGCCCAUGCCGAUCCAAACAGAAGCUGGGAUGCAAAACUGGGUCCGGAACGUCAAUUACUACAGGUUGGAUGGGAGCACAUCGGCUUCAGAGAGAGAAAGACUCAUCAACCAGUUUAACGACCCGGCAAACAACCAAGCCUGGGUCUUCCUGCUGUCCACCAGGGCUGGUUGUUUGGGGGUGAAUCUGAUCGGCGCUAAUCGCGUAGUGGUUUUCGACGCGUCGUGGAAUCCGUGUCAUGACGCUCAGGCCGUCUGUCGCGUGUAUCGCUACGGCCAGCGCAAGCCUUGCCACAUCUAUAGGCUGGUGUGUGACUUCACACUGGAGAAGAAGAUCUACGACCGGCAGGUGUCCAAGCAGGGCAUGUCUGAUCGAGUCGUGGAUGAUUUGAACCCUGUCCUCAACUUCACCCGGAAGGAAGUGGAUUCGCUGUUGCACUUUGUGGAGGAGGAGCCUGAUCCCAGCCAAUCAGAGCUGGUCCCUGGUGAGGACUUGGAAAUGGUCAUUAAACAAGCCUGCUUGUUAUAUCCAAACCUCUUAACCAAGCAUCCGUUCCAUCACGAGUCUCUCCUGAUGGACCGCAAGGAUUUGAAACUUACCAAAGCGGAAAAGAGAGCAGCCAAAAAAAGCUAUGAAGACGAGAAGCGGGCAUCCGUGCCGUAUCAGCGGCCCUCUUACGCACAUUACUACCCAGCUAGCGACCAGAGACUCACCAAUAUCCCUGCUUUCAGCCAAAGGAACUGGCGGCCCCCUCCUCAUUUAGAGGAGAAACCAGUUGCAAGCGUGAGGCCAGUUCAGUCCACACCCAUUCCCAUGAUGCCCCGACAGGUACCCAUGGGCGUCCCCGGUUCAAGCGCGGGAUUCCCCGUCAACUACCUGCAAAAGGCCGGCGUUUAUGUGCAGCGUGUUGUCACAACCACUGAUAUUGUGAUCCCUGGCUCCAACAGCAGCACAGAUGUCCAAGCCCGGAUCGGUGCAGGAGAGAGUAUUCACGUUAUCAGAGGAUCCAAAGGCACGUACAUCAGGACCAAUGAUGGGAGGAUAUUUGCCAUCCGCUCCGGAAAGCCAAGACCACCGGAAGGAGGAGCCUCAGCUUCAAGAGAGGAAUCGGGCCCUCCCUUGCAUUCUGUCAGUAAUGGUCGUGCAUCGCCUCAGGAGCCAAAACGUUUAUCCCUCGAGGCUCCUCCUCGUCCUUCGCCCCAAGACAGCCCCAAGCUGCUCCGAGAAUUCCAGAGUAACAAGGACCCGGUUCCAGCAGGAGAAAACUUGCCAUCUUCAGGAACACCCGAACCCUCGGGAGUGGACAGACCCAUCCAGAACCCAGUUCGAAUCCCCGACCAACACCGGCAGCUCAGCAAUGACAUUGCAUCGUCUGUGGACAUUCAAAGUUUGAAGCGGAAGCUUUUGGAAAGUAGGACAUCCAAACAACUUGGCGUCAAACGGACCUCAACAUCAACCGGUGUAGCCGGGAGUUACCCGGGAUUUCCUUUAAGCAGCGGAUAUGGGUUCCCAUCCAUGGGGUUGAACCCUGCCUUGCUGGGCGCACUGGGUCACAUGACUCCCCCCUCUCUUGGUAGCAGGUCGCACCUCCUACAGCAAGCCGGUCAGACUCUGGGUGACCUACAUGCCAUGUUCCCCACUGAUCCACUCGGACUUGGCAUGUCCAACAGCACUCUUUCCACGACCUGCUCGACUAACACCACAUCCAGCACCCAUGCUGGAAUUCUGGCCCCUUCUUUAUCCUCUGUGCCCUCCUCGUCAUCGUCCUCCACUUCCUCCUCGCUCCCACCCUUUCUCAUGAACCCCAGCAUGGCAAGCAUGCUCUCUGGCUUCCCGGUACCAUUUUCCCAGCCGCUGUUCCCUGGGUCCCUACACCCUAGAGGCCUGUCCUCUGCGCCAACCCCUGCCUCCACUGCCUCCAAUUUCCUCUCUUCCUCCGGCCUGCUGGGGGCAGCGUUCAACCGCCCCGACACGCACCCCUCGCUUGCAGAAAAUGGCGGGAGCAGCUCGGACGACGAUGUCAUAGAGGUGAUGGGCCAGUGA